CCUCAGAGAGCACAGUGAGACCGCAGUAAUUUAACACACAGGUAGAGAGCCAUGUGGAUUAAAAUGAUUAGCAGGCGAGGACAGCGGAUUUAAAUCUGAACCUGGACCGACUAUCACAGUUCAGAGUCGCUCACGUCGAACCUGAGAACCAACCAGUGCUCUCUCGUGCGCGUCUCAAGUGCGUCUCCAACCUUAAAACCCGAAUGGCUAAACUACCAGGAAGUGCCGGUGUGCCGGUGCUCGGGGACAAGUCGCUGGAGUUUUACCGGGACCCGGUGAUAUUCUGCCGGCAAAGGGUCGAGAAGCACCGGGGCAGAGUGUUUCAGUGCCGCGUGCUGAAUAGACCGACCGUCUUCGUCUGCUCUGUGCAGGGGAUGAGAGAGAUGCUGUGCGAGAAGUCCAACAUGUUUCUGAAGGAUCCAACUGACCUGAUGACCAACAUGUAUGGCGACACCCUUGUUACCACUAAUGGUGAAGAGGCGUGUCUUCUCCGUCUGUCCCUCACCAGCCUGUUCACAGGAAGUUGUUUGAAAACAUCCCAUGAUUACAUCACCAGUGUAUGUGAGCGCUGUCUGAAGGACCUCUCUCUCAGUGGCCGGCCACAGUGUGUGUACUCUGCCUUCAAGCGUUUGGGGACAGAGUUGGUGUUGGGCCUUUUUCUGAACGUACGAGCAGAAGAGCAACCUGAGCUUUUCCAGGAAAUCAUGCAGCUCUGCACCCAGCACUGGCAUGGUCUGAUCUCUGCGCCGGUCAAUGUGAAAGUUCCUCUGUGGUCGUCGGGUUUCUCCAGCGCUCUGGAAGCCAGAGACCGACUGAUGGACAUCAUCAAAGACAAACUGGAGAAUGACACACAGGGCUUUGUCGGCUCCCUCGGUUCUCUGCCGCUGCCCGACUCCAGUUCCGCCUCCCAGCAUCUCCUGCUGUUCAUCUCAGCGCUGAUCCCCAAGGCGCUGGCGUCGCUGCUCACCUCCUUCACACUGGCGCUCAGUGGAGACAAGCAGACCCGCCAGCGAGCGAUGGAAGACCCUGAAUACUUUCGCGCAGUACUGCUGGAGGUGCAGAGACUUUGGCCUCCUUUCAUUGGUGGACGCAGAAUCGCUGCUCAGGACUCCACGCUCGCAGGGUUUCAUGUCCCAAAGGAUUAUGGUGUGAUCUAUAUCAGCCAUUCUGUCCACCGCGACCCGGAGGUGUUCCCGCAGCCAGACAGCUUCCUGCCAGAGAGGUGGAGCGGCAGUUGGAAGCAAACGUUAGAGCUGGCGAGUUAACAUCCGAUCCUCCAAACGCCCACACAGGCUCCGGCCGCCAGAUGAAUGAAUCGGAAACGCAACCAAACGCAGAUAGAAAUCUGAGCUCCAACGGGCUGCGUUGCUGGUUUAAGAUAAGUCUGAGAACACGGGGGGGGGGGGGUUCCUGCUCGUGGACAGUAGUUCUGAAGUGGAAAUUAUUAGCAAAUCUUCAGUAUUAGUUUGGAUUGCUUGUAGGGAUUUUCAGUUUUUCAUGAAUACCAAAAUAUAAGUCCCUGAAGAUAAACUGAGAUCUGUUUGUUUUGGUCUGUGUAUUAAUGGACACAUAGGUAUUAUUCUGAGCUUGUAACAAUUAUUCAAACUAUAGCUUUGAUAGGUUGGAUGUUUUGGUAGCACUUUAUUGAAAGGAACAUUUCUUUAGUUCACCGAAGGUUUCUGGGAAAUACGUAUAUUUGAUUUGGUACAGUCCUAAUGAUCGGAAAAGUAUCAUUCUCAAACAUGAUGGGUUGUUCAAUUGGGAUGUUUUUCACAUUGAUCAUAGCAUUCUAAAAAUAUGUUGAUCAAUGAGUUAUUUUUCAUGAACAUAACUUAAACAGCUGCAUUUAUGAUUUUCUUUGUUGUUCCUUUUUUUCAUGUAUGUAGCUGACCGGCUAUCUAUGAAAGCAGAUGAUUCUCAGUCUAUUAAGCUCUGAUUGGUCAACAGUUAGUGGCACAACAACCGAUCUAGUUUUUGAGCAAUUCCGAGUGUUCAACUUGUCCUGAAGCGCGGCUUCUUGGGACAGUCGUACAGUCGUACAGUCGUACAGUCACAAUCACACGGCUGACACUGUCAAACUCUAAAGGAAAUACUUGAUACAUGUCAAUGGGAUGUAUCCAAGUUCAGCAAGAAAUCCAUGGAAAGAUAUGAAGACGAGAGUAAAUAUACCACUGAAGGAUUGUUUAACUCUUUUCACCUUUCAGGAGGAUCCCUUUUAUUAGAGCUAAUACUCAGCUGGAUGAAGCUAAUAACAUCUUGGCUUCAAAGCAAAGUCAUGGAGUUUGCCCACACAUUAGAGUCGAAUAAUUAAUUACACUGGACAAUAGAUUAUACUUCUCUGAAGUACUUCCCAUCUAUCGAGCAUAUCCGAUAUGGCCUUCUGCUGGACCGCUUAAGACUUCCUGUGUCUCGGUGUUCCAGGACUGUAUCGUACUCUCAACAUCUAGCUGCUUCAGGAUGGGCCUCCAAGUACAUUAGACCAUUAGACAGAUGCUGCAGAGAACACUCAUAUUCUCCCUUCUCUCUCUGUCUCUAACUCUCUCUCACACACACAAAGCCUCUCACACACACUGGACCCAGACUAUACACACCACUAAUGCUUCCUGUUUGCCUUUAAUCAGAGCUCAGGUUUCAGGAAGACAGGAUGCAUUAGUGGUGAGAGGGAAGAGAUGGCCUGCAUUAGCACGCUGUUGACAAACCUGGCGGCUGGAAACGACCAGAAUCUCUUGACUUCUGAGUAUAUUUUUAGGUGAUACAUUUAAAUGUUAUGACAACCUGUGCCAUGAUGCCCACCUCGUGUGAGCGUCACAGUUAUUUGGAUAUUUCAAUCUGGAAAGUGGUGGAGAGGCCAACAGAGCAAUGACGCUUGCGAGGCUAAAUAUAUCGAUGGCAAUGAUUUGAAGUUGACAAAAAUAUGUGUAAAAAAGUAAAUCAAUAAAGAAAUGAAUGAGCCACACAGUAUGUAUUUCUAAAUGAACACGGUUUCCUGAUAUCAUCGGUGACCUCUGGCCACCAUUCAGGUCGUAUCAUUGGUUGAGAGACAUGACAUCAUGUCGUCACCAUCGGAACCUCAUCUGAUGAUGAUAAAAUAUGAUAUGUACUUUAUUCAUCCCCAGGGGGAAACUUCUUUGCAGCAGCAGCAAGCAUGUUUACAUUUAUACAAUACAAUAACAUAAAAUAGCAGGGCAGGACAUAUUACAGUUAAGAAUUCAAACAAUAUAGGAAAUUAAAAUGUAAAAAUAUAUGAUCACGUAUUCUAUGUCGGUUUUGUUAUGGGCAAGCAACAGAGGCAUGAAGUGGUCUAUUGAGGGACUGCCUAUGAAUGGAUAUAGGCUCAAGCACUCUGAUUUAUAUAAAAUAAAUGUAAAAAAAAAGUUUUUUUAUGUUACUCCAAAUAUUAGAGCAUGUCAAAAUAUUGAUUUCUGCAGCUCUGAUCUCAUUGCAAAUGUUUUGGACUAGGCCUGGGCGAUUUAAUAGCCGCUUCUAUCCGUCGGAGUACGCAACAUGUUGUCAGCCUUUAUCUGCAAUAUUCAAAGGACGGUGGUCAGCUUGGUAACAAAGUGGUUAGAUUCAUCAUAUUUUUUCUCAUGGUAAUUAUUAAAGAUAGGUCAUUCAAAAUUAUAAUUGUAAUGUAGUUUAAAUGAUCAAUAUCGACUGAAAUGAAAGUGUAGUGAACGACCCUCUGUAUUAACAUGUAACUAUG